GUCUUGGAGGGGACCAGCUGUGCAGAUGCCAUGGAGGUGGUACUGAUCUUUGUACGCAGCCUGCUGGUCCCUGUGGUCCUGGCCAGUGCAGCUAAGAAGGAGAAGGAAAUAGAUCCUUUUCAUGAUAACUACCAGACCCUGAGGAUUGGGGGACUGGUGUAUGAUAUGGUCCUCUUCCUGCUUUCGAACCUCCAUCAUCUAAGUCACAGAUGCAAGUGCAGUUUCAAUCAGAAGCCCCAGGAUCCAGGAGAUGAGGAAGCUCAGGUGGAGAACUUCAUCAUUGCAAAUGCAAAAGAGCUCCAGAUAGCAAAAAACUGAAGUGCAGCCCACAGAUAGGCAGCCUCUGGAACCGGAAGGUAGCUACUUGAACCUUUAGAUGCAAAUGUCGAUGCUUAAGAAAACCGGCCACUUUAG